UUCUCUCCCCCAGGCCCAGUCUCUCCAAAGGCAGUAAGGCCUGUACCCUCGCGCAUCGAAUCAUGGCCGAACCAGUCAAGGAAGCGGACGCCGGAGUGGUUGUGCCUGUGGCGGCAGCAGAGGAGAAGCAGACGGAAGCGAAAGCGGCAGUAACAGCAGCAGCAGCACCUGCGACAACGGUGCGACUCACGGACGAUGAGUUGCUCGUCAAGCACUUCCCGCGGUACUUCUACGACGAGAAGGAGACGCUGUUCCCCAUCGAUCUCAACAGGUAUACCGUGGACAAAUCCGAGGUGGAUGGGUGCAACGGCGUCGCUACCCCCAGCAAGGACGGCGAGAACACCUGGCUCAUCUACAUGAACUACUACCUGUUCGACGGAGGCGUCGCCAGGCUGGGGGGGCUGGGGGACCACAAAUACGACCUCGAGAUCGUCAUCGUCGAGAUCAACAGACAUCAAAACGUUUCGGGAGUGUUCUACGGCCCGCACAGCGGCCACGAGCACAUGUGGAUCCGGAACAAGGAUGACGUCAAGGAGAUCCUGGACGAGACGGGGCGGCCGAGGGUGUACGUCAGCCUCGGCAAGCACGCCAGCUACCCCCUCCCCGGAAAGGUGACGCGUCUCUUCGGCUUCGGAACGGACAACUGCGAAAACCCGCGGCCCCGCGACCGCCCCCUGUUCAUCCUCGACCAUCAAACUCGACGUGUCGACAAGAUUGACGGGGAGUUUGCCGGGCCAAAGAGGCGGAUAAGGCGGGACUGGUCCGUGGCGCCCGCCGUACGCAUCAAGGACGUCCCCAGGCGUAUGGCGGUGCCCCCCGCCGCCCAAGUCCAGAAAGAGCUAUCUAAGUUGGCUUUCUGGAGGUGAGGAAAGGAGUCGGCCGAACCAACCCGCAAGCAAAGCCAAGCCAAGUCAAGGCAAGUCCAGUCACCGCGUCCUGUAACCAAGCAUGGGGGGCGUACUCGUGUUUUGCACGCCUUGGCCGUUAGACCAUGGACCACGCGUCCUCGGGAUGAGAGGGGGGAGGGGUUAUCCCGAGAGGGGGGAGGGGUCAAGCUCGUUUGUUUUGAGUUUGGGUGAGCCGGACCCUCGGAGUAAGCUCUCGCAACCGGCAUUUGUGCGUGUAUGAAACGUUUUAUUUUUGUCGUUUUUGCCACAGCUUCCGCAUGAGGGUAGUAGAUCACUGAAAGCAGACACUUUUUACGUGCUCAAGAGCACAUCUGUUUGUUCAGGCCGUAUCUUUGCGAGCUCAAGAGGCAUCUGUUUGUUCAGGGUGUAUGCACAUGUGUACUCGUGCCCAGUGUGAAUCGGUGGCGAGUCGGCUCUUUUCGAAGUGUCAAUUCCUCGUCAUGGUACUUCUGCAUUUAGGUCUCGCUGUUUUCCACGACCUCAAGAAACGGGCAAGCAGCGUUGUGACGCUUUGUAUCCGGCAUUGAUGGUCGAGGAGGGUGACGAAGUGGGGAGUUGUAGCUUCCGUUCAUACCCCAGUCAUUGUAUUGUUGUACAGAUAUUCUUGAAUUCCGUGGCUGCCGGGGGUUGGUAUCUCUCGCGCCACCGGUGGUGAUAGACAGUCACCGCUGAGGUGUGUUGGCACCCUUUCUUUCUGAAAGGCUGGCUGUUGCAGUAUGGCAUGUACUGGUGUGGAUCAUGUACAACAGUGUAGAGAAGUGCUGAGCGAGGUGUUUGAUUUCCACGUCCAGGCGGAUGUAUAUAUGCCUACACGUUACAGUGGUCGUCACUUUUAUUCAGUGACGUUUAGUCACGUGCCACGCCGCCCGGCGCUGGUUUGAGUCUCCUCUGUAGAUGUAAGCUGAAAACACAUUACACGACGGUAUCUGCCGCUGUUGACCGCAAGAAAACCGGUGCGGGGUACUGGCAGGGGGGUUCACUGGUGGUUGUUGUUGCAAGCCGCGUCGCGCGAAAUGCUUUUUUCCUCCUUACCUCCUGGGCCGUACUUGGAGUGAUAGGAAGGGAGUUGUUAUUCUUGCGAGUUCAUGUGCGGGUGGGUGUUGAUGGAUGAUAAUAUCCUGCUGCCCAGCCCGGGUGUGGGGAGGAUAAGGGAACGGCGACUCUUAUUUCUUGUUGUUUCACAUCAGCGAUGUAGUAGUUGCUAUAUGCUCUUAUGGGAUGUGUUGAUCAGAAGGGAAUGAGAGGCGACAUUGAACUUUGAUCUAGAAACUGCACUCGCAGAUUCAUCAUCCACGGAGAGCCAAGUAGUAUAUCGCUGCUGCUGUCCAAUGUUCAUGUUUCUGUUCGUUUUGUCGGAUCGCUCUGUCUGGUGAUGAUUCCCUAUCUUGGCAAAGCUCAGCUCUUGAUGCUGGGUCGGUCAACUU